UAGGGCGGUCAGCUACUCUUUGGCACGACGCGAGCAAUCACAACCGUAAAGAUUACCGUCGGCAACCAAACAUUCACCACACAUCCCAUGACGUGUCCGACGUAGAGUAGGAUCAGCGACACGCGAUUCAGUCCAAUGAACGAGAUCAUGCUGGUGAUACAGUUCGUGUCGGCAUUCUCAUUUAAAUUCUGUUAUACCUUAUUUUCAUUUUUUACAUAUUAAAAAAAUUUUUCUCAGAGUUUUGUCAACGUCACUUAAUAUGACAUAAUUGAAAUGUUAUCAAACCCUUAAUUUAAGAAACCUCAUUUCAAGAUAGUGUAAAAAAGUCGGCGAAACAACUUACAUGACCAACUGCCAUCAGUUACCACGUAACACUGUGCUUGGACUUAUAUUAUGGAGUUAUUUUGCCAUCGAGUAAAGUUAUCAAAAUCAGCGCAAAAGUCCGUUUAUUCGCUUCAUGAUUAUGAGGAUUACGAGGAUAAAACAGUUAAAAGAAUGCAGGCACUAUUUUUAUAUACAAGAAAGUAGAGUACCAUAUAUAUAUAUUUUCGUUAACACUUUACACAAAAUCUGCUGUUGUUAACUGCUAUUUCAGGUCAUUUUGAUGCGAUUAUAUAUCAUUUACAAUAAAAGACUCAACAUAGAACGCUCAGUUUAGUGAUUCAACGUAUGCGAGCAUAUUUGCAACAAUGUUACUGAAGUAGAAGUCCGACGAUAUCAGUCACGAACACUCGCAACAAUGUUACCCAGGUAACAAGUCCGAAAGCUUUAGUCAAUCGAUUAGAUUCUCUGUCAUGCUAGACCAUCUCUCACUCACGCGCAGACGCCACGAUGAUUAUGAAGCUCGCUCUUACGUGAUAGUCUAUUAGUAGUCGUUGUGCCACCGCGCGAUCAUCAUGUGCCAGUCGGUGAUCAAGGAUCUACACGAUUACAGCGUGCAGUUGAAUCGGUGGUUCCUCAAACCAUUAGGCGCGUGGCCGCGAUCUGCUACGACUUCUAAGAAUGAGCGAACUCUGUCCUACGUCCUGAUAUUCGUCUGCUAUUUCCUGAUCGCCUUCACCGCGGUGCCGUGCGCGCUCAACGUCUUUUUCGAGGAGAGAGACAUCAUGCUGAAGCUCAAGGCGAUUGGCCCGCUCAGUCAUUGGAUCAUGGGCGCGAUGAAUUAUUGUUCUCUGCUGCUGCGUAGCGCAGAUAUACGCGGUUGCGUGCAGCACAUGCAAAGAGAUUGGCAGAUCAUCAAGCGUACGCGUGAUCGCGAGAUCAUGGCGAGGAACGCCCAAUUGGGCCGGUUUGUUGCAGGUUUCUGCGCGGUAUUCAUGCACGGUGGCGUGUUCUUCCACAAUAUCGUGUGCGCGAUGACGACAGUAGUGGUACCGAUUGGAGACAAUCGGAGUGUAGAGAUGUUCCAGUUGCCUGUUCCGUCGUACAGCAAAUUUAUAGACGCCAGAUUCAGCCCGGCGAACGAGAUCAUGCUGAUGACGCAGAUGCUCUCCACCUUCGUAGUGAACUCCACCACUGUUGGCGCGUGCAGCCUGGCCGCCGUUUUCACCAUGCACGCGUGUGGCCAGCUGGAUAUCUUGAUGACACGAUUAAAUAGGCUUGUCGAAGGUGAAGACGCGAGGACUAGUGGAUCGCUCCAGCGGAGACUGGCCGAUAUCGUGGAUCAUCACUUACGUGUUUUAAGUUUUAUAGCGCGCAUCGAAGACGUUAUGCAUCAAAUAUGUCUGGUAGAAUUACUCGGAUGUACAUUUAACUUGUGUAUGCUUGGAUAUUACACCAUUACGAAUUGGAGCGAUUUUGAUGCAGGAAGAAUGACGUCAUAUUUUAUUAUAUACGUAUCUAUGGCUUUCAAUAUUUUUAUAUUUUGCUAUAUUGGCGAGAUUCUGACAGAACAGUGCAAAACGGUGGGAGAAAAGGCAUAUAUGACUGAUUGGUAUAACCUACCCCACAAAACUGCUCUUGGUCUCCUUUUGAUAAUAGCGAGAUCGAGCAACGGUAUCAAGAUAACUGCUGGAAAAUUAUUUCAAUUAUCUAUUGCAACUUUUAGUGAUGUAAUUAAGACUUCCAUAAUAUAUUUGAAUUUACUAAGAACGAUGACUUCUACAUGA